UUUUAUCUUUGGACAUCUCUGGCCUAGCAAAUAAAUAUGAAGUAUCCACACUCAAUGCGUAGCUAGUCAACCUGAUAGAAAAUACUAACACACGUUCCUAUUUUCUUAAAAACCUGUAGCUAUGAUUUUUUAGUGCUUUAUAUGCACUUAGCUAUAGCUAGCAUUUUAACAAAUAUUUUAAAGUCGGUGAAAAUUAACACAUUUAGAGUGUUACUAAAAGAAUAUGGCCACAAUAGCUGAAAAUACAACCUCCACGAUCACAGAUACAUCUAAAAAACUUGUUUCACCACAACGUGAUGUUAAAAACAAGGAGAACAUAAAACCAUGUAAAAGAAAAGAAAGAGAUGAUUCACAUGAUGAAUACCAAUAUUUAGACUUGAUCAAUCAAAUUAUUAAAACUGGUAAUGUCAAAGGUGACAGAACAGGCACUGGCACUAUUUCUAUUUUUGGUGCACAAAUGAGAUUUAAUCUUCGUGAAUCAUUCCCACUGCUCACAACAAAGCGUGUCUUUUGGAGAGGUGUGGCAGAAGAAUUGCUGUGGUUUAUAAAAGGGUCUACUGAUGGUCAUAUCUUGACAAAUAAAAAUAUUCACAUUUGGGAUGCAAAUGGUUCAAGAGAAUUUCUUGACAAACAGAAUUUGCAUGAUCGUGAAGUUGGAGACCUUGGUCCAAUAUAUGGCUUUCAGUGGCGCCAUUUUGGGGCCACAUACAAAGAUAAAUAUGCAGAUUACACUGGCCAAGGUGUUGAUCAACUUGCUAAUAUUAUACAUACAAUAAAAACAAAUCCUAAUGAUAGAAGAAUGAUAAUGGCUGCCUGGAAUCCUGCAGAUAUCCCCAAAAUGGCGUUACCGCCCUGUCAUUCAUUCUGUCAGUUUUACGUUGCAAAUGGAGAAGUGUCAUGUCAAAUGUAUCAACGCUCAUGUGAUAUGGGUCUUGGAGUUCCAUUUAACAUUGCAAGUUAUGCUCUGCUGACAUGUAUGGUUGCACAUGUGUGUGAAUUGAAGCCUGGAGAUUUUAUUCACUGUUUGGGUGAUGCGCAUGUUUACAGUAACCACGUUGAAGCCUUAAAAACUCAGAUCGAGCGGACACCUCGCCCGUUUCCGACACUUACGUUUAAACGCAAAAUCACAAAUAUCGACGACUUUACGUUCGAUGAUUUUCAAUUGGACGAUUAUAAGCCCCAUCCUAAAAUCAAAAUGGAUAUGGCUGUUUGAAACGAAAAAGUACGAACGUAAAAUGCUGUGCAAUCAUCGCAUAUGUGUAAUGUGAUACUAAAUAAAGUGCGUGCAAACAUGAUGUAAGAAAGUCUGGACUGUAAAAAGUUUGAUUUAAUACACGAUGUGUUUAGUUGUGGUCAUUA